AUGCCAGCCAAGUCCGAGAUCGAGGACCUUGACUCCAAAGCCCAGCUGGAGACGGAUGUCCACGUCGAAAACGCAGACGCGGAAAUUGCCAAGUCAAAGUACAAGGCAAACAAGCAGCUCGACCAGGCUGCCGAGCUGCUUGCUCAGGCCGGUCCCCUCGACUUUUCCAAGGAGGACAAGAAGCGUGUGCUCAAGUGGAUCGACUUUUACGUCUGUGUGCCCAUGUGUCUUGUGUACUGGAUCCAACAGAUGGACAAGUCAACGCUGGGUUACGGAGCCCUUUUCGACCUUCAAACCGAGUUGCACCUCCACGGCCAGGAGUACGCUCUCCUGAACAGUAUCGUGUAUGUGGCCCAGGUCAUCUGCCAGCCCCUCUCCGCCUACGCUCUCGUCGUGUUCCCCGUCAAGUACUGGGUUCUUGCCAACUACAUCGUCUGGACCGCCUGCACCAUGUGCUGUGCCGCCGCCACCACCUGGUCCGGCAUGAUGGCAUGCCGUUUCUUCCUCGGAGCCGCCGAGGCCACCAUCCUGCCAUCGUUCGUGUUCAUCACCCAGAUGUGGUGGACUCGUCGCGAGCAGAGUUACCGUACCGUCGCGUACCAGAUUGCCAACUCGAUGGCCGCCAUUACCGGUCCUCUCAUCGCCUGGGGCAUUGGUCACGUCACCAAGGGUAUCCACGCGUACCAGGCCAUUUUCCUCGCCGUCGGCGGUGUGUCGGCCUUCUUCAUCCCUAUUGUGGCAUGGCUCCUCCCCAACUCGCCUGUGACCGCUCGUUUCCUCCGUCACGGUGAUGACCGUCUCAUUGCCUUGGACCGUAUCCGCGAGAACAACAUGGGCACCAAGUCGAACGUCUGGAAGUGGAGCCAGGUCCGCGAGGUCGUCAGGGACCCCAAGACCUACAUCUGGGCCAUGAUUUACAUCACCUCCGCUCUCGGCGGUGCCGGUCUCGGCAACUUUGGCGGUCUGAUUAUCAAGGGUCUCGGCUUUACCAGCUUCAACGCCACUCUCAUGGGCAUGCCCACCGGUGCGCUCGGCAUGAUUGCCCUUGCCCUCUCGAUCUACGUCACCAACAAGAUCAAGAUGCGCUGGCCAGUCAUCGCCUUCCUCAUCCUGUUCCCCAUCGCUGGUGCCACUGCCAUCCGCAAGCUCCCCCGUGACAACCUCACUGGCAUGGUCGUUUCCUACUACGUCACCUUCGUCUUUGCCGCCAUCCAGCCUCUCUUCUACGCUUGGGCCAACUUGAACCAGUCGGGAUCCACCAAGCGCGUGGUCAUGUUCUCCAUCAUGUUCGCCUGCCAGUGCAUGGGUAACAUCUUCGGUCCCCUCGUCUGGCUCGCCAAGGAGGCCCCCAAGUACUACACUGGACUCGCCUUCUCCAUCUCCAUGUACUGCACCCUCUUCCUCCUUGUCAUUGGCCAGGGCCAGUACCUCAAGUACUUGAACACCAAGCAGCGCCAGCGCCGUAUCGAGAUGGGUCUCCCCGCCGACCUCAAGGAUAUCUCGAUCAUGUCGCUUGACGAGGCCGACGCGUACAAGCACGAGCUUAUGGAGGUGCUCCGCAGCCAGGGUGGCGACACCGACCUCUACGUCUCGUCGUUCGACGACCUGACUGACUGGGAGAACCCCAUGUUCAUGUACGUUGUCUAA